AUGAUCGAGCAGCAGAUCAAAGAGGCCGACGAGACGUACCUCGCGAAGCACGACGUGAAGGGCCUCGUGGGCGAGCUCCUUGGCGAGGUCGUGACGCAGCGCCCGCUGGAUCCGGUGCAGUACAUGGUUGACCACCUCUCGCUGGGCGCGGCGUCCGCGCGGCAGGACGUCAACGGGCUGUCCGCGUACAGACGCGAUCAGCUCAUGCGCGUGUUCAGAGCCAUGGACGCGAAGAGCGAUGGCACGGUGGACUUCGGGGAGAUCACCGCGUUCGUGGGGAAGCACGGCGGCGGGACGGUGACCGAGCGGGAGCUCUUGGACAUCUUCGCGGACUUCGACACGGACGGGGACGCGAGAGUGGACGUGGACGAGUUCAUGCGGUUCUUCGGUCGGUUCUGUCGGACGCUGAGCAACGCGGGGUUCGAUCAGCUCAUCGUGGACAUGCUCGCGUGA